UAACAUAGGUUGUGACAGAAUGCAGUGAGCCAUGGCCGACCAGCCUCCCUAUGCAGGCUCCGGCUCCGGCUCCUGCUCCUCCGUCGAACCCUACGAAUUCCUAAACAUUCAACUCAAUCCCGAUGGCUCCCUCACCCGACUCCAACCCGUCCACACCGUGCCCCCUUCUCCCCUGUCUCUCUCCAAGGAUCUCCCUCUUAACGCCGCCUCCAACACCUCCCUCCGCCUCUUCCUCCCCCACCCUCUCCCUCCCUCUCGCCCCAAACUCCCCCUCCUCAUCUACUACCACGGCGGCGGCUUCCUCUUCUACCACCCUUCCUCCUCCGUUUUCCACGAUUCCUGCUCUGCCCUGGCCUCCCGAUUGCCCGCCCUCGUUGUCUCCGUCGACUACCGCCUCGCCCCCGAGCACCGCCUUCCAGCCGCCUACGAAGACGCUGUCGAAGCCAUCCAGUGGGUCCGAAACCAAGCCCGGGAUCCCGGCGGAUCCGACCCCUGGUUGAAGGACUACGCGGAUUUCUCCAAGUGCUUCCUGAUGGGAAGUAGCGCUGGAGCAAAUAUCGCCUACUUCGCUGGUCUACGCUCCGCCGAUCUUGACUUGUCUCCCGUGAUCAUCCAAGGGCUGAUACUAAACUCGGCUUACUUUAGUGGCGUCCACAGGACGGCAUCGGAGCUGAGGCUGGUCAACGAUCGCAUUCUGCCGCUGCCGGCGAAUGAUCUGAUGUGGGCCCUGUCUUUGCCACUUGGCGCCGACCGGGACCAUGAGUACUGUAAUCCGACUGUGGGUGAUGGGAUCUAUGGGGAGAAGAUCGGACGGCUGCCACGGUGUUUCUUGAACGGCUAUGGCGGGGACCCCCUGGUGGACAAGCAGAAGGAGUUGGCGAAAAUUCUGGAAACACGUGGAGUGCAGGUGGUCACCAUGUUCACCGACGAUGGGUUCCAUGGAGUGGAGAUCUUUGAACCUGCUAAAGCACUGGCUCUGUGCGAUAAUAUCCAGAAAUUUAUCUACGCCUCAAAUGUGACCUCCACUUCGUGAUUGUGAGGUCAGGCUUCAAUUUUUUCUUUCUAAAUACGGGAAUGCAUGAAGAAGAAGCCGUGUUCGGUGUUUCUAUAUAUGAAGAUCACUCCUUAAAAUGUUUUUCAUAUUUCAUGUUGCUGUACUUGUGCACCUAAGAGCUCUUUUGAGGAUCUUGUGUGAAGCAUUGAGAUUAACUGAAUGAACCAGAAGCUCUUAAUAGAA